UUAGCCAGUACAGCCUCUGCCUCUCUUCUGGUUGCAGCUCGCACGAAGCCGAGGAAGCGGUCGCAUUCGCACGCCUGAUCCCUCGUGCUCGCCUGAACCCUAGCCCUAAUCGGACGCGCGCCGCCGGGCGGCGGCCACCGGCCGUCGCUGCCUCCCUCUGGAGAUCCAUUCCUCCUGGACUACCGGCUCUCUCACCACCGACGGGAGCUACUAGCUGCCGCUGCUUCACGUGGCUUCCCCGAUCCCCUCCCUCGCCCGCCGUCUCUUGGCGCUGGGGUGCUCCGCGGACGACUGCUCUACCACCGGUGUUAGAGUUGUAAUUUGGAACCUAGCCAUGGAAUACAACAAUGAUGAUCUUGAUAAGCAAAAUGAAGGAAAAGAAUCUCAAGUAUAUGUUCCUCAAGAUGCCCAAGGGAUUGUUCUUGCUUUUCUGCCUGGUAGGGUUGUUGCCAAGUUUCGCAGUGUGUGCAAGUUCUGGCGAGACUGCGUUGAGGAACCUAGUUUUGUGGACCGUCACCUCAACAAUGCUUUCCGCUUCCACCAGUCCAUUGCUUGUUUCACCUCACUUGAUCGCGGCCUUGUCCACAUGUACACAUUUGAUCCCACCACGAUGAAUUUCAGAAGCGUGGAACUUGUGUUCUCAAAUAGGUUUCACAUAUCAGUCCCCUGCAAUGGCUUGGUGUGUGCCUAUGAUUUAAAAGGCGAUGCUGAGGUCUUGAAUCCAAUAACAAGGAAGCAUUUGCGGCUGCCUGUUUCAGAACUCAAGUCGCGUUCUUUUUGCUCUGAAUAUUUUGUUGGAUUUGUGCACUCGACAAAAGAGUACAAGGUGGUCUCUGUCCGUCACCGUGUGCGGUUCUUGACAUUGGAAAUAUGCACUGUUGGGACGCUGUCAUGGAGGACAGUUCGUGAAUCUGCAGAGCUUCUAAAGACAACGAAGGCAGUCAUUGUUAAUGAUGGCAUGUAUUGGCUACUUCUUGAUGAGGCAUCCUCCAGUUUGUCUCGAGAAAUCCUGAUGCUCAACCUAACAGAUGAGAAGUUCUCAAAAAUUGCUACCCCAGAUGCUGUAAAAGACCAUGUUUUGGAACUAUUUGAGGGGGAAGGAAAGCUUCUUUUGUUGUCAACACGUUCCGAUGGAUCUAAUAAUACAGUCUCAGAUAUUUGGGUGGCGGACUUGACUCAUCAAGACUGGGUCCACCUGGAGACACUCGCUCCCCGGGUGCCUGUGGGCAUGAGCCCAAUUUUCAUGCGCAAGAUGAAGAUCUUCAUUGGCAACCAAAAGAGACUCAUCUGCGUGGAUCUUCUGGAUGGUACAGUUUCCUACAUUGACAUGCCUUCUGGCGAGAGUUUGGUAUCUUGUGGCAUGUUUGUGGAGAGUUUUGCACCUGCUGUGACAGGCUUGAUGAGCUCAGCUGCGUCGCCAUGUGGUUCUCGUCUCACCGAAUCAUCCUCAGCAGACCCUGGUCCAUCUUUUCGUGGCACUGGAUCACCCUCGACAGGCCCUGGACAACCUUUUUAUCUCACUGGAUGGCCCUCAGCUGACCUUGAGCAAUCUUUUAAGAGAGCAAAGAGAACAAUAAACAUGGAGUGGAAAACAUACAGCAAACUAGGAGUACGUGGAUUGGUCUAUGGAUAACUCUCCCUGGACUGUACAGCAGCCUAUAGCUCGCAGCUGGUUCGUUUUGUCCAAUAAAAGUUGCUAUUGUGCUGUAUUUGCUCAUUGCUAUGGUAGUGGUGGAAGACGCCAUGGCCCAUGGGAGUGGGCCAGUAUACAAAAGAAACAUAGUGAACUGGUAAACCUGGAGUGUAUUUUGAAGUAAUGUUUACCCUGCUAAUGUGGGUUUAUAUAGUUGAAAAAAUUGAAGCUGUAUACCUGGUAUAAUGUACUCGGUACUCUUGUUUUGAUUUGUACUGGUAAACUGUAUGUACAAUGUAUGCAUUGCAUUUGUGAACUUGUACAGGCAAGGUCAUUACAAAAUGUGGCUUAGAUAGACCA